GGCCGUGGACGGCGCCGGGCUGCCCGGCAUGUCCGGCAACGUGCCCGGCAUGGCGGAGGGCGCCACGGCCCUCAGCGACGAGCCCGACCUCAACAUCUUCGAGAACAAGAGCGGGCUCGCCGAGGACAUGAAGUUCCUGGCGUCCAUGCCCGAGCUGUGCGACGUCACCUUCAUGGUGGGCGAGUCCCGGGAGCCCGUCUGCGCCGUCAAGGCCGUGCUGGCGGCCAGGAGCAAGGUGUUCCACAAGAUGCUGUACCAGGCGCCCAGCCCGCAGCGGAGGAAGGACAACGCCCCGAAGGAGAACAAGCUGCGGCUCUUCCUCAAGAGGAGCUCCGAGCCGCUUCUCAACCUGCAGAACGCGGCCCAGCAGCGGGGCUACACGCAGCAGCUGGCGCCGAUUCAAGAGCCCGCCUCGGCCCAGCACCAGACUGUGCACGUGGAGGAGUUCGAACCGGACGUCUUCAGGCAGCUCAUCGAGUACAUCCACACGGGCUGCGUGACGCUGCAGCCGCGCACCCUGCUCGGCGUGAUGAACGCCGCCGACUUCUACGGGCUGGACGAGCUGCGGCGGGCGUGCGCCGGCUUCGUGCAGUGCUGCAUCAACGUGGACACCGUCUGCGCCCUGCUGGCCUCCGCCGAGCGCUACAUCCAGUACAAGUGCACCAAGAACCUCGUGCAAAAGGUGCUGGAGUUCGUGGACGAGCACGGCAACGAGGUGCUCAACCUGGGCUCCUUCACGCUGCUGCCCCAGCACGUGGUGCGGCUCAUCCUGUCCAGGGAGGACCUGCGGGCUGACGAGUUCACCAAGUUCCAGGCCGCGCUCAUGUGGGGCAAGAAGUACUGCGACUCCAACUCGCACAUCUCGCUCAAGGAAGUGAUCGGGAACUUCAUCGAGUUCAUCCAGUUCCACAAGAUCCCCGCCAACGUGCUGAUGCGGGAGGUGCACCCGCUCAACCUGGUCUCGGCCUCCAUCAUCAUGAAUGCGCUCGCGUACCAGGCAGACCCAACAAGUGUCGACCCCGGGAAGCUUUCCCCAAACCGAGUGCGGCGAUCUGGACAGGGCCGAUCGAUGAGUGUGCAGUCGUCGCUGGACCCCUGCGGCUCCAACACCACCCUGUCCAGCUCCGGCUCGUCCGAGAUGAUCUCCAGCGAGGGCGGGGGCGCUUCCGGCGGCGCGGCCUCCAACAGCGGCAACAAGCACUCCGGCACCGGGUCCGGGAACAGCUAGGCCUUGUACGGCUAGGCCAUCUAGGGCUGCUAGGUGGAGAGGGCCUCCCAGUCCCGCAGUGUAGGGGCGGCAGCGCGACAGCGCGACGGAACCUUGUCUUUCUUUUGUUUGAGCCAACUCGCUGUCCAGUCUACUACACUUGUUGCUAAAGUCUGGAUCGUUGAAUGUCGCGAUGGUAAACAGUGUUACCGUUCAUUUGUGUUGAGACAGUGAUGUCGUUCUGCGUUGUUCGCGCUGCCCAUGACUGAUAAAGGUCGGUGACACGUUCCCCAGUCCGCGGCAGCGCGGCAGGGGGGCAGGGCGGCGCCAUUCUGGGAAUUCCCCGUGCCAAACCAGUGAACUGGGCUCUUCCCUCGGGACGGCCCCGUUGCCGUUGACUUAUCUUUGGUACCUGAGUAGGAGACGAGACGAGGCACACAGCUCGGGCAGUGUGCGGAGAGGCCGUUGCAUUCUGUGCCUCCCCUCUGGUCCUUGUCACUCUAUUUCGCUCGCUGGCCAAAGUUGAGAGACGCGAAACGCGAAGAGAGGUAGGCGCGCUUGAAGCUUGAAGUCGACACGGCUCAGUAACAGCGGCCUAAUUCUGUUAACCAGAGAGACAGUAUUUAGCCCUAUCCUAGUCCUGUAGCAACGUCCCCAGCCUUGUAGAGGCCUUCUGGACCCCCGGUCUUAGAAGAAAUCGCUUCUAUAUUGAUAUAGCAGUCCCCCUUGUUAGGAAAGGAAUGCCGCAUCAAUGUGUGAGGGUCUGUCAGAAAGUUAUCGGGAUCUGAAUGUAAGCAGAAAGGGAAGGAAUUAUACUUAUGGUUGGAUGAGUUGGUCUCACCAUAUUAAUCAAUGAGUCGAUCUGACACGAGAAAAGUACCACUAUUGUAAAAGAAACUUACUUCUCUAAAAAAACAUCUUAAAUGAUAUGUUUGUAACAUUUUGUGUGUAAUGAAAUGUUAGGCAAAAAUAUAUGUAUCUGACAAUUUGCUUUUAGAAAAAGUGAGUGGGUUUUCUUGCUUUGUUCAAGUGUGUCGUAAAUGUAGAAAAGAAGUUUUGCCGAUGACGAAGUCUUAAAGACUUAAGAGGAAUGAUAAGUGGUUAUGAUUGUCGCUGUUUCAAAACAGAUAAGAGAUAAAAAUCGAGAGGCAUUGUAUUUUCCUGAUUCUUGUCAUGUUGUUAGGCUGUUCCAGCUCUCUAAAUAUUAAAUAAUCUGCAGUUGAUGACUGUGGGAAUUAUUUGUGUGGAACUUUGUUUUUAUGUGUGAAACUAAUUUUGUCAUGUCUGUGUGGACUCUUCAAAAUAAUUUUAUUUAGGUCUCGCAUUCGGACCUUUUCCCCCUUUCUCCUUCUUGCUGUCUCUUUUCCUCUCUUGCAUAUCAAUAGAUUGAAUAUAAAGUUGCCUGUGUUGUUGCAAGAAGACAGUCUUUUUUGUUAAUGAUAAAAUCUAACUUUCCUGUGUGCCAAUAUAAUUUCUGAAAGUUAUAGAUAAGUUCUCGUUGUGUGCGUUCUCAACCUAUCACAAUUUUUACUCUGAUUUAUUUAAAUGUGUAAGAGUGCAUUUACUUAUAUGUUGUAAAUGAAAUACAAAUUAAUUUUUCUACAGAA